AUGGCUCCCCAAAGAUCCACAGGAGGGCGCAAAUACACCUGCUCUUCGGUAUCAUCUCUCAAGGUUGCUUGUCAGUAUUGUAAUGAACUGUACACAUCCCGAGGCCUCAAAUCACACGAACAAAGCUGCUUGCGACGGAAGGAAAAGAAGAAAGAGGAUAGAGAGUUUUCACGGGCCGCAGCCAGGUCAAUUUUGAAGGAAGGAAAACACACAAUAAAGGGCGCACUCAUGAGGCUGCCCGAGAUUACCACGCUAGUCAUUCAAGAGGCUGGUUCAGCAGCUGAUUCUCCAUCCGCAGCGGAUUCACAUUACCAUUAUGAUGACGCAGGUUUUGAAGGCCUUGAUGAUGUGCAAAGUGUCGGGAAAGACACACGGCUACGUUCUGAUUCUGAUAUCAGCAUGGGUAAUAACAUUCCCACUCCAAUUUCGUGGUCGCGCUCCGAUCGUCGAGAGCUUUUCCAUUUCAAUAAGCCGGAGACCACACAAUCACCUGUCAUCGAUGACGAGCCAUGGCAGCCUUUCAGCUGUUGUGCAGACUUCGAGUUUGCUGAACUCGCCCACCGAGCUGCCUUGAGCAAAGACCAAACUAAUGAACUACUCAAGUUCAUCUGGAGAGUUGCGGAUGGUCACACGAACUUUACUUUCAAAACUCACAAUGAUGUGUCAGCUGCAUGGACGAGGGCAUCCAGCCAACUGACUCCUUUUGAAAGACAUGUUGUACCUGUUGAGUAUAAGAAGGAAAACAUCAAGUAUGAAGCAUUGGACCUCUUGGAUAACCCCUUGCUAGCACCGCAGUUUGUUUGGGAUGCCCAGCGACUGUACAAACAUGACGGAACUGAUUUUGAACGCUUCUUCCAUGAGCCAUGGACAGGAGACCACUGGUGGGACUUACAAUGUACAAUCAAGACAUCUUUGCCCCAUAAUGGUGCGCCAUUCGCAUUUAUACUGUAUGCUGACAAAACGCACCUUUCGUCGGCCGGUGCUGUCAAGGCAUACCCAGUAAUCGCACACUGCGGGAAUCUGCCUUUUGAAAUCAGGAAUGUUGAUGGUCCUGGAGGAGGACACUUAGUGGGUUGGUUGCCAAUAGUUCCUGCAGACUCAGACGAGGAUGGCAAGCUGUCCUAUACAAAUUUAAAGAAGGUUGUAUGGCACAAAUCAUUCACGAUUCUCCUCGAAACCCUCAGUCUCAUCUCCAAAACUGGCUUCGCGCACCAAUGCUAUGAUGGAAUUCUACGCUGGUUAUUUCCACUAAUACUGAUUUUAUCGGCCGAUUACGAAGAGCAGUGUGUGAUGGCCCUGAUACGAGGGUUCAACUCUGCAUGUCCUUGCCCUAUUUGCCUUGUCCCGAAGGACAAGCUCACCGACCAUUCUACGAUAUACCCUACCCACGUCAUUGAUGAUGCACAAGCUUGUGUCCGAUUGUGGAACAUGGACCGUACCGCUGGUGAGGCGGCACUAAAAAAGCAGAGUCUAAGGCCUGUCGAUAACUCUUUGUGGAUUGUUGAACGGUCCAGCCCGCAUGACGCACUCUCGCAAGAUACCUUGCACGCUUACGACAGUGGUUUGUUUGGCGAUCACAUGUUCGAGGAAGUCAAGGCCCACCUGAAAACACUGGGACGUACUGCUGAGAAGACGACUGAUGACCAGUUCGCUGCGUUUCCGCGAUGGCGAAACCUAAACCACUUUGACCACAUUACAAACAUCAGUUUUUCCGAUGGCAACAAGUUCCUGGAUAUAUCUAAGCAAAUAUUGUAUACAACACAGAACGUGCUCACACGCAAAGAUGACGAAGCUGAAAGCACUAUUGCAGCUGGGGAGGCCGAGAUUCUCGUUUUCCAGAAGUGCUUAGAUCAAUAUAUUGAAGUUCUCGGUGAUGAAGCAACAAAAAACUGGAAUUUUCCGAAGGCGCACUCAAUGAGGCACAUAUUUUCUGACAUUAGGGCAAAAGGAGCUGCGCGAAACUUUAGUACGCGGCCAAACGAGAAGCAUCAUGGGCCGAUCAAGAGGGCCUAUAAACUGCAAACAAAUGGCAAAGAUAUCGCAAACCAGAUACUCAGGCUUGACCACACAACCUUCGUCUCUGUAGUCCUCCGCAACCGCAUCGAUCAUUUCGAUGAUGAACAACGCAAGGCCAUACUUUCGGAGAGAGAGCUUGAGACAGAGGACCUGGAUGAUCGGUCUUUUGGCGGACAUAUUCACCUUGGCGCUCCUCAGUCCGCAAUAACCUUUGCACAGCUUGAAAAUGACAAUGUGUCCAACUGUGCCUUUGGGCAGUUCCGCAAAAAGCUCUCGACCUUCCUUAAUCACGCUCUACCUGCAUACAAUAUACCAUUACCUGAUGGCAAAACGUGGCUGACGCUUUCAGCACAAGAUACGGUUCAAGAACACCGAUAUCUCAAAGUCAAUUACAAGUCUGUUGUGGACUGGAAGCUUACUACCGACCACCUGCGCUGCAACCCGAGCUUUCAUGGCCGUGAACGACGUGACUGUGCCCUUGUUCGCACCCAGGACAAAGAUGGGAAUAAUAAGAACAUUUUUGUUCGCAUUUUAUUCAUGUUCAAGCAAUCAAUUGGCAGUCAAACAUUGGAUCUCGCCCUAGUUCAACCUAUGGAUGCUCCGACAGGCCCACAACACGCUACAGAUCAAGAUUUGCGACUGAGACGUCUUCGUGCCUGA